ACCUAUACUUUAUAGCGCUAAACAACUCUGCAGAAGAAGAAAGCAGAAACUGUCAUGGUGGCCUCCUGAACAGACCGAGGAAUGUUUGCCCUUUCUUUUAGUCGCCUGUUAUUACAGGCUCUUCCCAAGCAACCAGUCACACCUAGGGCUACAGCACAAUGCAUCAGAAGUCUGACAACAUCUCAACAAGAUCCGCCUAAGAAAGAUGAUAUGCCCAUCAAAAUGGAAAACCCUUACAAACAACCCCCUAAAACCUGCAUCCUGUGCAAUGUAACUGUAGACUUCAAAAACGUUCAGCUGUUGUCUCAGUUCAUUUCACCACACACAGGCAGAGUAUACGGCAGACACAUAACAGGCUUGUGUGGUCGAAAGCAGAAGGAGGUAUCGAAGGCAAUAAAAAAAGCUCGUUCAAUGGGUUUUAUGUCAGUCACUCUGAAGGACCCACAGUUUAUGAAAGACCCUGAUAUUGUUGGUAUCAAACACUUUGAAUAGUUUCUGUAUGAAGACUGUGACUCUGUAGGCCAUCUUUGUGUUGUUGUUUCUGUAAAUCUGUGGUUUGUACAAACAUACAAAAUGGUAUAAAAAAAAAAAAAAAAGUGCAACAUAAUUGGAAUAAUAUGAUAAACCAGAAAUGUACUACUAUAAUGAAAACUUAAAUAAAAUCCAUCAGUUAAAUAAGAACA